UCAUCAUCAUAACACGGAAGCAGUAGGCAGACAGUGGGGGGCAGGAGAGGCGCAGACACAGGGAGGGAGGUGAAGACAGGCCAAAACAGCAUCACAGACAGACACACAGAAAGGUGUUAACAGUCACAGAGAGGUAAGGGUACACAGGUAGACACAGACACAGAGCGAGCAUCAUGGCGCUGAUCCCCUCGCAGGUUCUCCGGGUCGCCAUCCUGCUGUCUUACUUCUCCAUCCUGUGCCACUACAAAGCGUUAGACAUGCCGGCACACCAGACCUACGGAGGCAGCUGGAAGUUCCUGACCUUCAUCGACCUGGUGAUCCAGGCAGUGUUUUUUGGAGUGUGCGUCCUGAUCGAUGUGUCCAGUCUGCUGACUAAGGGGGGUGACAGCAGGGAGCAGGAGCGGCAGCUGAGGAAACUGAUUGGCCUAAGGGACUGGAUGAUGGCUGUACUGGCCUUCCCUGUUGGAGCGUUUGUGGUGUUCACUUUCUGGACUCUCUACCUGUACGACAGAGACCUGGUCUACCCCAGACUACUGGACAACUUCAUCCCUCAGUGGCUUAACCACGGCAUGCACACCACUGUUCUGCCCUUCAUCAUCAUCGAGAUGCGGACCACCCACCAUCGGUACCCCAGCAGGUCGUGGGGUCUGGCAGCCGUGUGCUGCUUUGGCGUGGGAUACAUCCUCUGGACGUGUUGGGUGCACCAGGUGACAGGGGUGUGGGUGUACCCGGUGCUGGAGCGCAUCACUCCGCUGGCUCGAGUCGUCUUCUUCAGCGCGAUGACCGCGGUGAUUUGUGUUUUCUACACCCUCGGGGAAAUCCUCAACAGCUACAUCUGGGACCAGCCACACACAGAAAAGGUCAAAGGUGAGUGAUCUUCUCGUGACUGCGCGGGCAUCGAAGUCAGCCUCGCCCAGACAGCAGAGGACGAGUCGUGCCCCGCCCACCCAGGACAGCACAAGAACAGAAAACAAGCGACCUCACCAAAAGUGGAAAAGACCAUCUACCAUUGAACUGUACUCAGUAACAACAACAUAGGAGAUCAUCAGUUAACUAUAAAUAUAGAGAAAAAGGUGACAAAUGAAAGAGAGUCAAAACUCAUCUACUGUUUUUUCAAUUUAUUUUAUUUUAUUGUUUUCAUUUUUUUCAGUGGCAGAAACUAAGCAACCGUGUUGCAUCUGGCUUUGUUAUGUGGCGGACAAUGGACUAAAUGCACAAACAUACAUUUAUACAAAAACAUAGGACUUAAACAUUGACAUACUGCACACACACACAAGCAUAAACACACACACAUUAACAGUAUUUGUAAUUUGCUUUUCUGGUAACUACUUAUCAAAGUGAAUGGAUUCUUUCAUCAGCUACUUGGAAACUACUGAACAUCAAUAAUGUGUUGAACAUCAUUAUUAUUCAUCUUAUGAGUCACACUACAUGUACGGAGGCAACUAGAUGUUGGUACAAAAUCAAUAAAGCUUGAGUGGCAAAUA